AGCCAAUCAAAACGUUUGAACAGUCAUCCAUUAUCACAACACCCAUGAAGAAGCUCUUCGCUCGUCGCCCCGACGCUUCGUCGAGUCCUCCCAGCACUUCCACCGCACCUAUCGCCUCUGAAUACGCGAUGGAGUUCCUCUCCGAGUCUCAGAAGCGCGGCGUCGCUGGUCUCUGCGCUUGUCUCCUCCCGGCGGUGACUGAUGGCUCCACUUCGCUCGUGUGGUCUAAAGCUUAUCUAAAGCUGCUAAUAGAGCACUUCGUAGGGCUCUCUAGCACCCAAACCGAGGCGUAUUUACCCAUUUUAACCUCCAGAAGACAAGAACUGGUCGCUAAAGCACAUGAACCUUCCUCCGCGACCGUCGAAGAGCUCGAUCCGGCCCCAUUUUUGGCCCUUGUAGUCCCGGAACGCGAAGCUGCAGGUGGCUUCAAACGCUGGGCCAGGAAACUCAAGCACCGCACAGAACGUGACGCUUUAGAAGCCUCAGAUCUCCUAACGACCGACACUUUCCGUCUAGAAAUCGUCAAAAGACUGCUAUGGUUUACAGUAAAAAGUGUGGGCUACGAUGCCAGAUCUAGAACGCUAUUAAGACGUCUAGUUCUAGCUAUGGAGCUACAGUGGACGGACGUAACCAGAGAAGAGGUGGAUAUAGGCCAGACUCUGUACGCUGAGGCUACAGCCAUGCCACUCGAGAAGGUGGCUGCUAAACCCAAGAUAACAGACUGGAAGCGUAACGCUGCUAUUGGCGCUGCAGCAGUGACUGGAGGUGCGUUGUUAGCAGUGACCGGUGGUCUGGCUGCUCCUGCCAUUGCUGCGAGCUUAACAGCUUUGGGAGGAGCAGGCGUGACCAUCGGAGCUGCUGUAGGAUCAGCGGCUGGAGUCACAGCUACGACUGUACUGUUUGGUACAGCUGGGGCUGGAGUUAUGGGCAUGAAGGCGGAUACUAGAACCAGAGGAGUGCAUGACUUUAGCUUCGAUUUAGUCUCUGCCGGAGACGGUAUGAACGUCUACAUUUGUGUGUCUGGAUGGCUGGAUGACGAUGACCCACCCGUCAGAGGCUUCCGUCGAGCAUGGGGAGAUAGUCGUGAGUAUUUGCGAGCUUUUUACAGACAGAAGAAUCCAGAGAAAGUGGACCAGGUGGACCAAGUUAUGGAUCGCUAUAAAGGACGCGAAGACGAAUUCUUUGCGAUUUUACGUCGUACGUACAGUAUUGACGCCGGGAAUUCUGAGAACGAUCCAUUGGGCAUUGCAGAUCUCUCCAAGAUGGCAGUGGCGGACCAAGAUGCGCGAUACAGCGACUUUACGAGUUUAAACAGCGAUUCAAACGCCAUUUCCAGUAGUAAUCAGAGUACUACAGCGAAUACCGGUACCUCGUCGGUGUGGGAGUUAGGAACGAAGCAUGAACCGCUGCGUGCUUGGAGAUGGAAAGACCGAUUCCCUCAAGGAGACCAGUACUGCUUGAUAUGGGAGGAGGCUGGACUCCGCAGGUUUGGUAAAUCGAUGCGGACGUUUGCAGCAGAGCAAGUUUCGAACUACGCUACCACUGAAAUCGUCAAGUACACUGCUCUUGCAGCGUUAUUCGCUGCAGUGGCAAUCCCUCGAGUGAUUCUUCGGCUUGCUGAUAUCAUUGACAAUGCCUGGACUGUGACAAUGAACGCUGCGGAUACUUCUGGUAAACUACUGGCUGAUGCACUGCGGAAGCGUGAACAGGGGCUCCGUCCGGUUACUUUGAUUGGAUACGGCAUGGGCGCCAGGCUGAUCUUCUCGUGUUUAAAGGAACUAGCGAAGAGCGAGACGAUAGACGAGUCGUGUGGGAUUGUAGAAAACGCAGUGCUCUUGGGUUCUCCUGUUCCUAUGGCACGUGACGACUGGGCUAACGCUCGUCGUGUGGUGUCAGGGAGACUCAUUAACGGAUAUUCAGACAAGGACUGGAUGCUCGGUGUCAUGUACCGCUAUCAAGGGUGGGCGCUAAACUCCGCGGGUAUCGCACCUAUCGACAUUGCUGGCGUCGAGAAUGUAGACCUGUCAGAAAUUAUUGGUGGACAUCUCGAGUACAAAAGCAAAAUUGGUGCAAUCAUGGAUCUGUUGCAGCUGGAGGGAUAAAUAGGUAAAUUUCUGGAGCUUUUUGGUGUUGCAAAAUAUCAUGUUAAAACAUUUAAGUUGUCAAUUUACAGAGAUUUUCAAGACAUCCAUUACUUCGUUGCGCGAAUUUCUGGAUAUGGCGAUGCAUUUCAUCCUGUUUCUUCUUGGCGUAAUUGAUCUGCUUAAUAAGCGCCGAUGCCUUUCGUCGGUAGAAGUUAAUGUGGUCCAACGCCUCAAGAGUUUGCUCUGCCUGUAUGCGAUUUGGUCUGAGCCGUGCCGACAUCUUGGAUCGUGUGGUUUUAGUCGUAAGUUGGCGAUUAAGUGGCGCGUCCAACCGUGAAUGGGAUGGGAAGAUGUUGUUGAAAGAGAAGAAGCGAGGCAUACAUCGCGUCUCGGGUGGGCUUGAUACCCCAAAACAACCAGGUGUGGCAGGUGCAGGAUCAACCAUAGUCGACAUGGGGAAACUGGUACGACGGCUACUGGUAAGGCUGAGUGGUGAACGAAGUGGCAGACCUUCGCGCUGGAUGUUGAUUGAAUGAUACCGCAAGACGCUACCUUUGCGGUUAAAUAACCGCGUGAUACAGGACAAGUGGGCGAUCGCUUGGUUCAAGUCGUUGUUCUCCACUGCGAUGGUACCGCGGAUAAACUCGAUACGACUUCGCAGUAGAAUAGUGUCCAGCUCAGAGAGAUCGUUGACGCGAGGAUGCGUGUUCAAGAUUUUGAUAGAAGUGUGCAUACAGUCUUCGGCAAAACCCAGUUCUUUGGCCUCCAUGGCACCUUCGGCAGCGAGAUAAUAGGCUUCCAGCGCUUCUUUUGGGUUAUCUGACUGGGAAAGAUGGUAAGCCAAUAAGGCGUACCGCUGAUACGGCAUCGGGUGAAUAGCUGAUGCUUUAAUAGGCUCGGUAGUCGUCACGUUCCCAGCUGAAGAUUUCGACCCAGUUGUUGCUAGGAGCGGUGGCUCUUGACCAGAUUUGGCAGCGUAUUUGAGCCAUUCGGCAUACAAACCGUGAAGAACUUUACG